AAGCAAUUCACGUUUAAUACCACCUUCUAAGGUCUUAGCAAGGUAUCAUUUGACUACGAGACCACCCUCGUAGACCAUGACACGAGAAGCUUCGUCAUGGCCGCCAAAACAUGCGCAAGCUGUAAGCAAGUCUCGAGUUACCCCCUUGUCUGCGUUCACCUCCAGUGCUUCUACCGAAGGUCACCAGAGAUCUUUUGUCAGGCUUGGUGGGCAGCUUCGUUGUCAGAGAUGUCUGUUGGUAUCUAUUAGACAUCAGACUUUAUCGAGGCUUGCGUCUUCACCAAAAAGAUGCGAAUGGAACGACCAUUUCGUGUCAACAGCAAAACCAAUUCAUGAAGAGUCUAGAUUGACAAUUUUCCGCCGAAAUCUAAAACCAAACCGAAUAACCAUCAUGUGCGCCGUUGUCGCCCCUUCAGGCACGUAUAUCCUGCAGAUGGCGACGAUGUCUUGCUGGCCCUUUCGACUUCCGUCAGCCUAUGCGUGUCGCCUGAGCUUGUAAUCCAUGAAACCGACAACGGAGUUUCUUCUCUUCCUGGACGAGAACGGGAUCAGACACGGGCCGCAGCGUCUGUCAAGUGGACGAGAUCACCUCGAGCCCACUCAUUGCCUUCUCGCUGAGCCUUGCUUCUUCCUCGCCCUAGUAUGAGUGCUGAAGGUGGAGUUGGGAGCCUCUUUAAGCCCCUGAACAACCCAUUCGAUAUGUUGAAUGAUGAUUUGGGCUUGCAGGUCUUCCUCGACUUCUUCGAACUUGUCGGUGGCGGCAGGUGGCAAUAGCCAGUCUCGCGAUAAUGCAUCGAUUUCCGAGUCGGUUCCCGCGUCGAACAAUAAGCCGAGACGACCUCUGUUCCCCAUUGCCGAUAAGGUCUAACGCAACCUCUGAUUGUCGAUAUAUCUUUUCUCUUGCUAUAGCCCUGUCUUCUGGCUUUGCUCGAUUGCUCCGCAAGAGAACUCUGCAUUCACUCGUCCCAGAACCCCCUUCCCUUGCAAGAGAAGGAUGAAAGAAUAUUCUAAUACCUGGACAUGCUGCGCAAGAUAAAUGGAACUGCUCGGCCUCAAUGCUAGAGUGUAGAAGUCAUCCAAUCCCGACACAUAUCCACUAUCAACGCUGGUUAUCAGCACCAUCCUGCCACUCACAUCAGUGGAUUGAGCAACGCCCAUAGCCAGGUCGUCGUACUAAGUCAGAUAACUAUCACCUCCAUAAUGCCAGCUGCGUUGCUCAUGGCCACAGCGAUACCGAUGGUCUGGCCGCUUUACUCCGUGGUACCUUACGUACACUGGAGUGCGGUGUCCGUGGGCAUGCUUGCUUCGAGAUAAGAAUUGGACCAUCAUAAGGCUUCAAGCAUAAAGCCUCGCCUCUGAGUAGGAGAGCCGUGGAAGGCUGGAAGCACGGCUGAAACGGAAGCGGACAGAUCUUCGGGGCCUGAUUCGGUGGCCUUGUUGCAACGCGUGAAAGAAUCUCACCCUGUGGUUGAUCAUGACCUUCCACAAUCAACAAAGACAGUUACUGCUUGCUCCACGUGCAGAGCAUAAGCCGCUCAUCGAUGGGAGGCGAGGUUUCCACAAUCAGAAACUUCUUGCUUGGGUGCUUGGUAAAAUUGGUAUCCGCGACUUUGAUUCAUCAUGGGCCAUGAUGGGCCCUUGCCUUCACGUGGAGAGGCGAAGGGCGACCUGAUUCGCUUCUUUUUUCUGCCCGGGAUCCUCGUCGAUCACCCCAAGACAUUUGGGAGUAGACCCCUUCCAUAGCCACCUCUGACAGCUUUGCAGGCCUUCUGUCUGGCAUCUCCAGUAAUCUUGGAUAGCCGCAACAGUUCUCACAGGUAGGUAAUGGAGAUGAUGUUGGCUUCACCAGAACAUUCGGGGUCCAAAGGUAUGCUCCUGUAGCUGAGAAGGCCAGGAGUCUCGAAAUCCCCC